UUCAAUUGUCAUUUGUCUAAAAUUAUGAAUUUACUGAAAAUUUAGAUAAAUAGAUAAAUAAGCAUAGCGGGUAUCAAAUGAACAGAUAGGAGUACAUUUAUCAGACGGGGCUUUUUGGAAAUAUUAGUGCUAAAAAAGCAUUUUAAAAUGAUUUUAGGAGCCGUUCUUUAUGUAUACAAAGGAGAAUGGGGUCUUCCAUCUAUCGACUUUGAUUGUUUGCGCACUUUGUGUGCCGUUAAAUUUACUAGGGCCCCAAUAGAAAUCAAUACAUCGGGAAAUCCACUUUGGUCAGGAGUUGGAAAAUUACCAUAUUUAAAAAUAGGGCCACAAAAAUUAGUUGGGUACAGGAAAAUUAACGAAUUUCUUAAAAGUGAGGGCUUUUCGCUUAAUUUACAUUUAAAUACGAAACAAAAGCAUCUUUCAACAGCUUAUGACAAUUUUGUUUUUCAAAAUUUAAAUGCAUAUUACUUCUAUUAUAUGUAUGGAAAUCCUUCAAAUUUUGAUACUACAAGAGCACUUUAUUCCAAGAGGACUCCGUUUCCCUUCAAUUUUUAUUAUCCUGGUAAAUAUUUCCAAGAAGCACAAGAUGUGAUCGAAGUAUUUUCAGACUUUCACAUAUACGAAAAAAUAGAAGACCAUGAUACGGAAAAGAUUUUGUUAAACGCAAAGUGUUGCAUUAAUUUUUUAUCAAAAAAAUUGGGUAACCAAAUAUGGUUUUUUGGAGAUCAUUAUAGUGAAUUAGAUGCCAUUGUUUAUUCUUAUAUAUCUAUUAUUUUUCAUGUGUCACUGCCCCACAAUCCUUUGCGAGAUCAUAUUAAAGAAUGUAAAAAUUUAGUGGUCUUUAUUAAUCGUAUUACCAAAGAUAUUUUUCGAGAUGAAGGAUAUAUGACAAAGUCAAAUAUCGCAACAAGUCCAAAAACAAAUUCCGGUUCAAAUUUAACAAAAUCUGAACACGAAUUUGCAGAUAAUAAAACGAAAACACAGAUCUUAGCGGCAUUAGGAGCUUGUGUAGCUAUGGGUACAUAUGCUGCAUAUACAGGUUUACUUAAGCUUUCCUUUGAUCGCGAUUAUCAACAGGAAAUUCCAAUUGAAGAAGAAGAUGAAGUUGGUUCUGAAUAAUACAUAAACACACAAUAACAACAUUUUCUUCGUUAGAAAUUUAAUAUAGUUAAAAAUUUUAAUUAUUUAAAAUUUUUUUUUAACGUUAUAAGGUAGUUAUUGAAUUGUUACAAGACUUAAAUACUACGUAUGCAUGAAAGAAUGUUUACAUGCCUGUAUAUUUUAUUUAAAUGGGUGUGCCUAUUUUUGUUUUUCUUAUUUUUACACAGUUCCUAAUAUUGUGACCGAACUCUUUAAUUGAAAAUAGUAAUUUUGAAAUAUAAGAAACCUAAAUGAAUAAUAAAUCAUACAUUCAUAUAUAUAUAUAAAUUACGAAUUUGUACUUUGAAAUUUUCAAAUAUGGGACAGUCAACUACAUUAAAUAUCUUGAAUCUCAUUACUAAUAUAUUUUAUAAAAAUAAACUUCAACAUCACAAUAAAUACAUGUCUGGAAAUUACAAAAAUUAAGUUUAGAAAAUGUUGGCUUACCUUUCAGUUGGAUUACGCGAAAAACAUUAGUUUAAAAAAUAUAGAGAAAAAGCAUGCCUUAAAAUUUUAUAAAUAAAAUUGUAAGUUACAGCCACAAAAAUGAUUCUUAAAUUAUUGUCUCAUAAAAAUCAUUUUUUUUCUAUAACGACCAUGAAAUUUUCUUUAAAUUAAUAAAUUAAAGGUUUUAUAUAAAAAAUAUUAAUAAAAUUUAAAUAAACAGUCUGACCUACUUUCAGAGUCUUAAAUGUUUUUUUUUGACUAUUUUUGUUUAUUAAUUAAUUCUUUUUAA